UUGGUUGGGAGUCGUCUAAAACUCGGGGCUAAAAAGGACAAAAACUUAUUUCCCACUCAAUCAUUGCAAUUAAAGUUAGUCCAUAUAUUAUUAUAUCGUUUCCUAGGCCAGGGAGCGAGAAAACAUGGAGUAAUAGGAAAAGAUAAAUAAAGAGAAAAAGAAAAUAAUUUAGACGCAGAGCUGACAAUAUUUCGCCCUUCCCCAGAAGAAGAAAAAGAAGAAGAGCAUUAAAAUCAUAUUUUUGCAAAGUUGACCCUUUCUGGUAAUAUUUUCUAUCUUGGAGAAGGUUAUAAAGCAUAUUCUCAUUAUGAAAUCAUCAUUAAAAUGUGGCGUCUGAGCAUAACAGUGGCAGCUCAACCAGAAGCUAAAUUUGUUUUAGGUUUUUUUGGGUUGAAUGGAUGUAAUCUCUGAGGAACCAACUCGAGAGAACCCAACAGACAGAUUUCCUUUGCUCAUGGAACAAGCACAAAGUCACAAGUGGAAAGAAUAUGUUAUUAAUAUUGAACAAAGAGGUGAUCCUUCGUCAUCCGGCUCAACUGGCAACAAUUCUCCUCACUACUUGGAAACGCUCAACACUGAAGACAGACCAUCAAAUCACCGAUCCCCUUCUUUAUCCAAUGGACCAAAUUCUCAAAGCUCUUCUAUCACAACAAGAAGGGAGGGUUUUGGUCGUCGUUGGAGCCCUGUUAAUACUCUGUUGUGGAUUUCGAUUGAGCUCGUAUUCACCUUAGGACAAAUUGUUGCAGCUGUUGUUGUUUUGUCCUUGUCUACGCAUGAAAAACCCCGAACCCCAUUAUUUGCAUGGGUUGUGGGUUAUACAGCUGGUUGUACAGCAAGCCUUCCACUUCUGUACUGGCGUUAUCUUCAUCGUUAUCAAGUCCCUGAUCAGAGGUCAGCUCAACUGCGUCAAGGUUCACCCCAGGUCAAUUCCACAACAGAACCAAAUUCUUACAUAACUAUCUCUUUAACUCGCUCAGAUGAGGAGGAUGGCCGUAACAGAUCUACAGACAUUUGGACUAGGCAAAGCAAUCCAAGGCUAGGUUCACUGUUGGAUUAUGUCAAGAUGGCCUUGGAUUGCUUCUUUGCAAUCUGGUUUGUUGUUGGCAAUAUUUGGAUCUUUGGAGGACACUCAUCUGCUUCUGAUGCUCCUAAUUUGUACAGAUUAUGUAUAGUUUUUCUUAUCUUUAGUUGCAUUGGGUAUGCUAUGCCUUUCAUCCUCUGCGCAAUGAUAUGCUGUUGCCUUCCUUGUAUAAUUUCAAUCCUCGGUGUUCGUGAGGAUAUGUAUGGAAUGAGAGGGGCAACAGAAGAAUCCAUCAAUGCUCUUCCUACACACAAGUUUAGGAUCAAGAAAAAUGGAAAUGACAAUGCUGGAGAUGGAAAUUCAGGAGGGGAUCAACGUGGUUAUAUAGCUGCAGGAACAGAGAAGGAAUGUGCCAUUUCAGGGGAAGAUGCGAGAAUGCAGAUCUGUUGUAUUUGCCUCUCAAAUUACGAGGACAAUGAUGAACUGAGAGAAUUGCCUUGCUCACAUUACUUCCAUACCCAGUGUGUGGAUAAAUGGCUAAAGAUUAAUGCAUGUUGCCCCCUCUGCAAAUUUGAAAUUGUUGCCGAGAAUGAAAAUCCGCCUUCUGUAUCAGUAACCCGGCAAUAAGGCUUAAAUCAUUCAAGAAUCCAAAACUUAUGGUGCUAGCAGUAAAACAAAUGCAGUUGCCUUGUUGCAUGUGCUGAACAAAGGAGAAUAUUUCACAGCUUAAUUGUUACUUCUCUUGUGUUUGGGCAAUGAUAUCCUUCUUGAACAUUUCUGACUGAAAGAAAAGGUUUUGGUUUCCAUUUGUUCAAAAUCCUGUACCAAGAGUGAGUGCUGUACAAAUAUUUGCCGGAUUCUCAGAGUUGAGCUCAUUACAGCCCAGAAAUUCAACAACUCCUCGUGGCGCUUUUGAUAACCAUUUCCUUUGUAAGGUGUUCGUUGUUGUAGGAUAUCAAUCUUGGCUGCUUCCGCAGCUCUCCUCUUUUUUCAUCCAGAUCUACAGUUAGUCGGUCAGCUCUGGAAUCAUAAGUAUGUGGCAGACCUGUACCAUUGUGUAAACUUAAAUUUUGGUUAAGCUUUUAUUGAUGAUUUUGUGUCUAUAUGGAAAAAAAGAUAUUUUAAGUUUUCA